CUCUCUCUCUCUCUCUCCAGUACCCACAGGCGCAUAACGAAAUAGACCUCAGGCUGUCUAACCAUUUUCAAGGUUAACUUUGUGAUACGGCUCGGUUUUGACACAGUAAACUGUCUCACCGCGUCUUAAACCACGUACUGUCUCUUUAAGAGGCUUCACCCGCGACCUCCUGUCCGAGCGUUCUCCAAAAGUGACUUUUUUUUGCCUGUCCUGCUGUUUCUGCCAGCGCUUUACUUCAUCCGUGACUUCUUAUUUAUUUAUUUAUUCACGUUGGAAACUUGAAGGUACUCUAAACAUGGCAGAGAUAGGGAAAGGGGUCAGCCCUGGAAAACUGGCGAGUAAUGUACAGAAGAGGAUAACCCGAGCGCAAGAGAAGGUGUUACAGAAGUUGGGGAAGGCUGAUGAGACGAAAGACACGGCCUUCGAAGAGGAGGUGGCGAACUUUAACAAGCAGCUGGCUGACGGCACCAAACUCCAGAGAGACUUAAAGGCGUAUUUGGUGGCAGUCAAAACAAUGCACGAGUGUUCAAAGCGUCUGCAUGACUGUCUGGCAGACAUUUACGACCCCGAGUGGUUUGGCAAAGAAGAGGUGAACUCCCUCGUGGAGAACACUGACCACCUGUGGCAAGAGUUUCACCAGGAGCUUUUGGAUAAUGCCGUCGUUACCAUGGAUACAUACUUGGCUCAAUUUCCAGAUAUAAAGGCUCGCAUUGCAAAGCGUGAAAGGAAGCUGGUCGACUUUGACAGUGCCAGGCAUCACUUUGCCUCCAUACAGAAAGCCAAGAAAAAGGAUGAGGCCAAAAUUGCCAAAGCUGAGGAAGAGUUGGGGAGAGCUCAAAAGGUCUUUGAAGAGAUCAAUUAUGAGCUUCAGGAGGAACUUCCCACCCUGUGGAACAGUCGUGUUGGCCUCUAUGUUAACACAUUCCAGAACGUUGCCGGCCUGGAAGAGAAAUUUCACACGGACAUGGGCAAACUGAACCAGAAUCUAAGCGACAUUAUGACCAAACUGGACGAGCAGCGUCAAGUCAAAAAAGAUGUCAAUGCAGCCAGCACCGAGGAAAGUGAAACGGCACCCAACCACAACCUCUCUGGGUCUGAUUCUGGGUCAGACAUCCCUAAAUCCCCGCCAAAGUCCAGAGAAGAUCCGCCGGUUUCACGGCCCAGCAGACCGACCUCAUCUCAGGAGGUGAUAGAGGACAACAUCAUUGACCUGAUAGAAGAUACACUUGUUCCUGAUAAUAAUAUUACAACCCCUUCACAGAAUGAAACUCCAACAGUGACAAAUGGUUCUUCAGAUGCUGAGCUGCCACCUUCUGUUUUGUUUAAGGUGAAAGCAAUUCAUGACUAUGGAGCAACAGACAACGAUGAACUCGAUCUGAAAGCUGGUGACAUUGUGCUUGUGCUUCCCUUCGCCAACCCAGAUGAACAGGAUGAUGGCUGGUUAAUGGGCGUAAAAGAGUCACACUGGCUUCAAAACAAAAACCUGCUAGCUAAAGGCGUCUUCCCUGAAAACUUCACCCAGAAACUGUAAGCGGAACGACCGUCGGACUCUCCUCAGAAUCGAACGCUAUCAUCUCCACGCUUUAUUUUCUCGUGGUUUUUCAAAAAUAAGGGGUUUUCAAUCUAUUCUAUAUACUGUGGUCCCGUUUAUUGACAUUAAAGUGAAUUAUUAAGGGCAUUGGAGCAACACAUUAUUACACACUAACUUUGUUCUUAUGCUUUGUUUGGGUCAGUGGUGUCAUCAACUGACUUUUGGUUAUUUAUUUUAAUCCAUUUUUCGAAGUAAUGUGUCUAGCAUUGCAUGACAUGUAAAGGUCUCUCUUUGACAUUAUGAUCAAUCAUUUCAUAUUUAUAUUCUAUAUUUGUUUAAAUAUUGAUGUCUGCGGGUAUAAGACACCAAAGGUUAGAAAACUAAAUGUAUACUUUGGGACAAACCACUAUAUACAAAGCGAUUCACUUGACAACCCUUUAGUGACGUACUGUAAAACUGAAGAGCUUAUAAACAUUGUUUUUCAUUUGUCUUGAGUAUUUCAUAGAUCUUUAUGGAGUGGUGAAUAAAUGCUUUAUUGUUAAACUGGAGAUAAGUCCAUCUUCUGCUGUCCAUUUACAGAACUGUUCAAAAUGUAUUUGCAUUACAAUUCACAGAUUUAAAUUAUUUUGAUCUGGAAAAUGUAUUAUGAAACACUGAGCCCUAAAAAAAUUUCUGACAAAUAUACUGAUAUGCUGAAAAGAUGCUUUGCCAAAAGAGUGUUGAAUCCCACCUAGAGGUGUUUUUUUUUUUUUACAAAUAUUUUGCUGCUGUUUGUUUAUUAUAAAGUCUGAAAUUGUCA